GCAGAGAGGGACCGUUUGAGUUUAAAUCUUGUUCCAGGAAAUUUAUGUCAAAUUGCGCCUACUGCUCGAGUUGUUGAGAAGGAGAAACGUUUUGAUCUCGCCACAAAAGCUUAUUAUUUUGUGACAACGCUAUGUCGAAAAAUCAGAUAUAUUACUCUGACAAGUACACAGAUGAGGAUCAUGAGUACAGGCAUGUUAUGCUCCCGAAGCAACUGUCCAAGUUGGUGCCGCAGUCUCACCUGAUGACCGAGGAGGAAUGGAGGGGACUGGGAGUGCAGCAGAGCCAGGGCUGGAUCCACUACAUGAUUCACAAGCCAGAACCACACAUACUGCUCUUCCGAAGACCCCUCCCUAAGGAAUGAGAAGGCCAUCGGAAGGAAACCACCCCAGUGGAAUGCACUGUCUCCGACGGGAACAAAGUGUGCUUUUCUCUGCUUGUGUUUUGGUUUGUACAUAAAGCCCUCUGCUGAUCUUUGGUGUAAACGUCCCCCCUCAGACCUUUGGAUGUGUGAUAGAGGCCACCUUCAGCUGAGUGCUGGGUGAAAGCGUGCAGCCCUCAGGCUGGUGGACAGAGAUUGUGUGUGUUUUAGAUCCAGCCACAAGAGCUCUGGGAAAUCGAGGAAAGAUGGAGUUUCUUUUUUGUGCGAUAGAUUGAGUGAUCUCAGUUGUAAGCUAAGCUGCUAUGUUGCUAUUGAACUGAAGUGAUUGCUGUACAACCUGAAGGUUCAGUGGUUUAAUAAUGUGUCGGGGGAAGAAAAGUGUGCAGGUCUGAAAUUGUACAUGGUCUUACUUUGUGUUUACAUCCUCUAUCUUAUGUAUUAUAGUAGACCAGUGACUUUCUUGCUGUUGCUGACUUUGUUGUCACCUGGCAACAAAAUAAAUAUUUUUCUGUA